AUUUUUUUUAAAUCUCGAAAUUAUGGACAUCCUACGAAUUUCAUAGCAUGGAAUCUAUUAAGCGGGCCAAGCACCAGCAACUCGUUGAGACUUAUACCAAACAUCAUCAAAAGUCUAAAAAAACUGAUAACACUCAAGAGAAAGUCUAUAAAACUGAACGAGAUAUAUUAAUCGAGAACCAUAAGUUCCUGCGGUCAGAACAGGACAAUGAAGACUUGACAUGGGAGGAACGUAUCGCAAAGAAACAUUACGAUAAGCUAUUCAAAGAAUAUGCACUCAUAGAUCUCAGAUAUUAUAGAGAAGGACGGAUUGCAAUGCGCUGGCGUAAUGAGAGAGAAUUACUUUCCGGCAAAGGGCAGUUCACUUGUGCCAAUUUAUCUUGCGAUAUUUCCGAUGAGCUCGAGAGCUGGGAAGUCAAUUUUGCAUAUGUUGAGCACAACGAAAAAAAGAAUGCACUUGUCAAGGUUCGAUUGUGUAAAAAGUGCUCGGAUAAACUCAACUACAAGAAAAAACAUAAGCGAGCUUCAUCUUCUUCUCAUGGGAGUGAAACACUGUCAUCCUCGAGCUUGGGACGAGAAAGUGAAUCAUACGCAAGGAAUAAGAGCCAAUCGCCAAAGCGUCGGCGCCAUCGUUCAAUAGACCGGAACGAAGGCGAAGGCAAGAGUAAGGACGACAAGCACACAAACAAGGACGAAUCUGAUGAAGCGAGCACAGGAGGGCGAAAGAAGCGCCGCCACCACAACACUACUUCCGAAUCCAAGGAAGAUCAAAAAGAGGAUCGAUACCAGAAAAAGGCUCGACAAGGUGCUAGCCACGAUGAUCAUACUAGUAGUCGAACGCGUUACAUAGAACAGGCUUUACGAGACACUCCUGCAAAAUGAGAUUAUUUCCAGCAAAAUUGUAAACCGUAUCUUAUGCAUUUCAUAGGGGGGUUUGGCACGCAAAUUUAUCAUUGUGCUACCAAAAAGUCCAACGAAUAAAACGCGUUCCUCUG